CUUUUUCUCUUUUUUUUUUCUUCCUCUGCAGUUUUUAAAAGUAUUGUCCAUGGCGAGUAGGGAGCCAAAAUACAACUUGGUACGUGAAUUGGGACGUGGCAGUUAUGGUGUAGUGUAUGAAGCAGUGGUAAGAAAGACUGGAGCACAGGUAGCAGUGAAGAAAAUACGGUGCCAUGCACCUGAGAAUGUGGAACUGGCUUUGCGAGAGUUUUGGGCAUUAAGCAGUAUCAAGAGCCUUCAUCCUAAUGUGAUCCACCUAGAGGAGUGCAUCCUGCAGAAAGAUGGGAUGCUGCAAAAGAUGACACAUGGAUCAUCCUCUUCUCAUUAUUUAAAGCUGGUGGAAACUUCACUGAAAGGGGAGCUCAGCUUUGAUUCUAGGAGUUCGUACUAUCUCUGGCUUGUAAUGGAUUUCUGUGAUGGUGGGGACAUGAAUGAGUAUCUGCUAUCGAGAAAGCCCAACCGUCGGACCAACACUAGUUUCAUGCUGCAGCUCAGUAGUGCCUUGGCUUUUCUACACAAAAAUCAAAUUGUGCACAGGGACUUGAAGCCAGAUAACAUAUUGAUUACUGAGACCGGAUCAGAAGCUGGAGGAAGUGGUCCUGUUCUAAAAGUGGCAGACUUUGGUCUGAGUAAAGUAUGCUCCGGGCUGGGAGCAGAUCAAAAAGAGCCAGUUAAUGUGAACAGAUGUUGGCUUUCUACAGCUUGCGGGUCAGACUUUUACAUGGCACCAGAAGUUUGGGAAGGCCAUUAUACAGCUAAAGCUGACAUCUUUGCACUUGGGGUCAUCAUUUGGGCCAUGUUGGAAAGGAUCACGUUCAUAGAUUCACAGACUAAGAAAGAACUACUGGGAAGCUACGUGCGUCAGGGAACGGUGAUUGUGCCUCUCGGUGAGGCAUUGUUGGAAAACCCCAAGAUGGAACUUAACAUUCCUGUUAAGAAAAAGUCAAUGAAUGCAGGAAUGAAACAACUGAUUAAAGAAAUGCUAGCAGCGAAUCCACAGGACAGACCUGAUGCUUUUGAAUUAGAACUGAGGAUAUGUAAGAUCACAUGCAGAGAGUGCAGCCGGACUGCGUAAGUCAUUAAGUGUGCAUGUGAAAAUAAGAAAUGGUAUACAGGGCUGGCUCUGACCAAUUUUGAGACUUGCCAAAGGUUUGAAAUUGUAGGCAAGCAAGUGUUUUUUUUUCUUCUGCCACCCUAGACUCCCAAAGUGUCAAUUCAAAAUUAACUAGCUCAAUUUAACAUGCACUUAAGGUGCUGCUGUUCAUUGGUACCCACCCCGUGACUGAAAACUGACUCCACUACUGUUACAUAACCAAAUCCCAGUUGACAAAUCUUGAACCUUCUGACCCAUAGCUUGCAAAUACUUCUUUGAAUAGUGACUUUAGUUAAAUAUUUUUGUUUGGUGCUGAAGGACAUAAUCUGUUGUAUGGCUCUGAUGGAAUGCCAUUUGUUGGGUUUUGAACUCAAAUAAGUAACUCAUGAAUUAGUAAUUGUUUGAUACAUUCAGAUUCUCCCCCUCCUUCCUCAUUGCUUGCCCCAACCUCCCAAGAACACUUGACCUAAGACGUUAUGAUAAUCCAGUGGUGCUCUAAAACCAUUUUGUGGUGGUCUGGCCUCUUAAGAUCUUUCAGUGAAACCUCAGGCCACUGCAACUUCAUUUUUAUUGAAGAUGACAAGCAAUUAACUUGUACAAUAUAUUGGUGUUAAUACAACUUUCAAUGUUAAUAAUACCUUCUCAAUUAUCAGACUGAGAAAUCCACCUAAUUUUGUUUGUUUGUGUUGAGCUGUAUUCCAACAUUUAGUUGAGACAAAUAUAACUUUGAAAUUGGAUGUUAUUUAACAGUAAAAUAUGUGAACAAACAUGUUUUCAAGGCGGUGCCUGAACUUUGUGACUGCUGACUCUUAAUAUCCAUACUUAAAUAUAUACUUUUAUCCUCCACCCCAAUCUUUCUUUUUAGCAAUUGUUUUCCAAAGUGUUAAAUGCUGUCCAUCGCAAUCAAGUGGCUAUUGAAAUUGAUCUUCUAAUUCUGUGGAAUAGAGGCCAGUAGUACUACACUGUCCUUUUUGGACAUAUUGACAUGUCUGCCCUGUUAUUUUCACCAGCUCGGAACAUGGAAAAGAUGACAGUACUUUUGAGUUCAAUGUGAAGAGGCCAUUUGAAAGUAGAGUUUUAAUGGACUGGCAUUACAUUGGCUAGAAUUUAAAUUCAAGCCAUUCUUUUGCCUUGACAUGUGACAUUCUUUGGAUCAGCAUAAAAUGGGUGGGGGUAAGGAACUGUGUGGGAGACAAUGCAACAGAAGUGUAAUCCCAUAAUUGUCCUUUAGAAGAUGUAAUUUAGAAUGGAUUGUGCAGAUGGGAGGGAAUAAGGGUGUUUUGCAGAGCAUCUAUCUACUCCAGUUUAUGCCUUUUUUGACUAUCAAGAGUAUUGCACAUCUAAAAUCCAUCAGGUCAAAUGGAAACUAUUUACAAAAUAAGGUGGAUUAUAGUAGUGAUGUCAUGCAAUAUUAAAUAAGGCUACAAAAUGUAGAAUUUUUAAAAAAAAAAAACAACUUUCAAGGCACUACCUUG